UCCAGUUUGUUUUAUGAAGAAAUCGCAUAUCAAACAAACAAACAAAAAUUAACUGAAGCUCCUGCUUUCCAUUUUGUAUUUUUGACUUUUGACAUGCGGGAUCGAUCGCGUUUCUGAUAUCUCCCCUCUCUUACUUCUUUUGGUGUCUGCAGGAAUCUGAAGGUUUAGGGUUCUGCAGAUGGCAAGUGGGUUUGGGGAAUCAACGAGCAAGUCUCCCCCAAGCCCUUCGUACUCGAACAACAGCAAUAACAACAAUGAUGCUGGCAACUUUGAAUGCAACAUAUGCUUUGAUUUAGCACAAGACCCAAUUAUCACUUUGUGUGGCCACCUCUUCUGCUGGCCAUGUCUCUACAAGUGGCUGCACCUCCACUCGCAAUCGCAAGAAUGCCCCGUCUGCAAGGCCGCCAUUGAGGAGGAGAAGCUGGUUCCAUUGUAUGGGAGAGGGAAGACAUCAACUGACCCGAGAUCAAAAACUAUUCCGGGUCUUAAUAUCCCUCAUCGUCCUACCGGUCAGAGACCUGAAACUGCAGCUCCUCCUCCCGAAGCAAACCAUUUUCAUCAACAUGGAUUUGGUCUAAUGGGUGGCUUGGGAGGCUUUGCACCAAUGGCAACUGCAAGAUUUGGGAAUUUCACCUUGUCUGCGGCAUUUGGUGGUUUUAUACCAUCCCUGUUCAACUUUCAAUUGCACGGAUAUCAUAAUGGGUCCAUGUAUGGUGGAGCAGCUGGUUAUCCUUAUGGAUACUCUAAUUCAUUUCACGGUGUCCAUGCUCAUAGAUAUCCUCUGCAUGCUGGUCAAGGGCAACAAGAUUAUUACCUGAAGAGGCUCCUUCUGUUUGUCGUCUUCUUUGUUGUCCUUGCUUUUAUCUGGCAAUAGAUUUGAUAGAUUGCCACCAGAACCAAAUUUAUGCUCUCAUAAAUCUUCUGGUGCGUCCUUUUUUCUUCUUCAGGGUUACUAAACAAAUUUGUUCAUAUAGUACUCUCUGUUAUUCUUGUAGCUAUGUUCUUUAUGAUCGCUUUGCGAGACUUGACUUGCAUGAUAUCCCCGUGCAAAUUUCGUGUUUAGAGCAUGUAAGCCAACGCACAUGUACACAUAGAUGUUAAUUUGAUUGUGAUUAUACCUGCUCUCGAAUAUAUAAGGUAGUAGAACUAGUGAAGUUAUGCUUA